ACGUGUAAAUAAGUACAAAAAUCGACUAAAACCUAACAUAAAUCCUUCUUAUGAUAAUUCUGAACAAAGUGUUGAUGAGCCUUCUGAAUCUUCUGAAUAUACCACUGAAGAAGACAAUAUUUCAGGUAGUAGUAAUAUAGGAUCAACAAUUGAUAACCAAAUUUUAUGGAUUUUGCUCUGGAUUAUGUUAUUUCAGACAAGAUUCAUUAUAACGGAGACAGCAACUGAGGCUUUGAUAAAAUUUAUGAAAUUAGUCUUGACAGAAAUUGGUGGAGAUGAUUUUAGAAACUUCCCAGAUUUAAU